CCUUUCUUUUCUUGCUGAUUUGUUUUUCGGUUCAUUACUUGUUUGUGGUUCUGUCCCACUAUUGAUAUGGGCGUUUAUUUUUUUUUUCUUAAAGAAAGAAAAAGGAGAAAACUUUUUUUGGAUUCUUUUUGGUUCUAGAGAUUUUGAUUACCGGCUGCAUUAAAUAAAUUCCCUCUUCACCUUCCAAGGUUCACACUUCACACCUUCAUUUUCCACCUUAUCUCUCUGUAUAAAUUCGCAGCAUCAAUCCCUGCCACCAUUCAACACACACAAACUCUCUAUCAUUUUGCUUUUGUGCCUUCUCUAACAUAAACCAAGCAUGAGUAAGAUCACGGUCCUGUUCUUCACUGUUCUGUUCCUCUGCUGCAUGAUCACCCACUCCACGCGCCCUCAACCAGCUUUUCACAAGGAAUCUUUGGUGUCAACACUCCAUCAGGAUGCUGAGGAAGUUGAUGAAAGCUGUGAAGGUAUUAAAGAAGAGGAGUGUUUGAUAAGGAGGACACUUACUGCACACAUCGAUUAUAUUUAUACGCAGAAGCAUAAUAACCCUUGAAAGAAUUUUCUCCCUUCUUGUUUUGAUGGUUGUUAGUAGUAUUGUACUAUAUUAGGUUCUGGUAGCUAGUUUAUUUGGCCAAAGCUCGAGAUGCUCUCUUUCUUUGCUUUUAUGCUUGUAUUUAGUACUAUAUUUAUAUCAUUAUGUUAUGAAAUUUAAACUAUCAUGGAAAUACUUGUUUACUUGAUAGUAGUGUGAUCAGUCAUCAUCAUAAUAGAAUCACUCUUCUCUUCUCUUCC